AGAGGUGGGCCUCGCACAGGAGGCCGCGGCUCGCUGAUACUGCGAGCUGGGAAAGCCGAAGCUGGGCGGGGGUCCGGGCGGUGGGAGCCAAGUCGGAUCAGGGAGUGGCUUGUAACUCGGCGGCCGAUUGGACACGAAGAAGAGAGCGGGGUGGGGCUGGGAGGGUUGGGGGUCCGGAGCGGGGGCGCGGACCCAAGACCACCUGGAGCUCCGCCCGGGCAGCGCGGGGUCACGGCGGGAAUUUUCGGGUCGCCGAGUGACUCAGCCCCGCAGGCUCGAAACUGCGGGCGCAUGAGGUGUGCAGUCUGGAGAUGCCUGGAGGCCCGGCCAUCCAUCCCUUCCCCAACCGCUGUCUUUGUCCCGGAGACCGCCAGUGUCCUCCGUCCCACCCGGAACAGCCUAUUGCCCCGCCCGCUUGGGAAGCACUCGCGCCCAAAUCCCGCCGACUAACUUCUGGGGCCGCCUCUCUGUCCACUCCGAUCACCUCCACGCCUCGGCACCGCCCCCUCGCAGGGUUCUAGCAAGUGACCUCACCCUUGUGUGCACACGCUCCCGGGUCUCUGCUCCCUACACUGACUCCGGCACCAAAGUGACCCUCCCUCAUCUCUUCCCGCAGCUCACACCCCUUUGUCUUUCCCUAACCCUCCUCUCCCCACAACCCAAACCGGGUCACACAUUGGUGGCAGGUGGGCUGGGAUUCGACCAUAGAUGGGGUUUGUUUCACUUCUGGUUCAAAAACCUAUUGACUUGGGUGAUGUCUUGCACACAGGUCUUAUUAGUAGGUAAGAAACAGCUGCUCCUCCACCCCCACCCCAGCCCCAUGGAGCUUGCUUUUUCCAGGCCACCGUAGUCCUCACCACUGCCACUUUGCUUCGAGGUAUCUGAAUUCGAGACCCUUGUCCUUCCUGCGCUGACCCUCCUCUGCAGCUGCCGCCCCUCCCUGUGUCCUUCCAAGAAGUGCCACAUGCACUGAUCUCUUGUGUCCCCAGAUGGUCAUCAUGGGCCAGUGCUACUACAACGAGACCAUCGGCUUCUUCUAUAACAACAGUGGCAAAGAGCUCAGCUCCCACUGGCGGCCCAAGGAUGUGGUCGUGGUGGCACUGGGGCUGACCGUCAGCGUGCUGGUGCUGCUGACCAAUCUGCUGGUCAUAGCAGCCAUCGCCUCCAACCGCCGCUUCCACCAGCCCAUCUACUACCUGCUCGGCAACCUGGCCGCGGCUGACCUCUUCGCGGGCGUGGCCUACCUCUUCCUCAUGUUCCACACUGGUCCCCGCACAGCCCGACUUUCACUUGAGGGCUGGUUCCUGCGGCAGGGCUUGCUGGACACAAGCCUCACUGCGUCGGUGGCCACACUGCUGGCCAUUGCCGUGGAGCGGCACCGCAGUGUGAUGGCCGUGCAGCUGCACAGCCGCCUGCCCCGUGGCCGCGUGGUCAUGCUCAUUGUGGGCGUGUGGGUGGCUGCCCUGGGCCUGGGGCUGCUGCCUGCCCACUCCUGGCACUGCCUCUGUGCCCUGGACCGCUGCUCACGCAUGGCACCCCUGCUCAGCCGCUCCUAUUUGGCCGUCUGGGCUCUGUCGAGCCUGCUUGUCUUCCUGCUCAUGGUGGCUGUCUACACCCGCAUUUUCUUCUACGUGCGGCGGCGAGUGCAGCGCAUGGCAGAGCAUGUCAGCUGCCACCCCCGCUACCGAGAGACCACGCUCAGCCUGGUCAAGACUGUUGUCAUCAUCCUGGGGGCGUUCGUGGUCUGCUGGACACCAGGCCAGGUGGUACUGCUCCUGGAUGGUUUAGGCUGUGAGUCCUGCAAUGUCCUGGCUGUAGAAAAGUACUUCCUACUGUUGGCCGAGGCCAACUCACUGGUCAAUGCUGCUGUGUACUCUUGCCGAGAUGCUGAGAUGCGCCGCACCUUCCGCCGCCUUCUCUGCUGCGCGUGCCUCCGGCAGUCCACCCGCGAGUCUGUCCACCAUACAUCCUCUGCCCAGGGAGGUGCCAGCACUCGCAUCAUGCUUCCCGAGAACGGCCACCCACUGAUGGACUCCACCCUUUAGCUACCUUGAACUUCAGCGGUAUGCGGCAAGCAACAAAUCACAGCCCCUGAUGACUUGUGGGUGCUCCUGGCUCAACCCAACCAACAGGACUGACUGACUGGCAGGACAAGGUCUGGCACGGCACAGCACCACUGCCAGGCCUCCCCAGGCACACCACUCUGCCCAGGGAAUGGGAGCUUCGGGUCAUCUCCCACUGCCUAGGAGAGUCAGAUGGGGUGCAGGAAUCUGGCUCUUCAGUCAUCUCAGGUUUAGGGGGUUUGUAACAGACAUUUUUCUGUUUUCACUGCGUAUCCUUGGUAAGCCCUGUGGACUGGUUCCUGCUGUGUGAUGCUGAGGGUUUUAAGGUGGGGAGAGAUAAGGGCUCUCUCGGGCCAUGCUACCCGGUAUGACUGGGUAAUGAGGACAGACUGUGGACACCCCAUCUACCUGAGUCUGAUUCUUUAGCAGCAGAGACUGAGGGGUGCAGAGUGUGAGCUGGGAAAGGUUUGUGGCUCCUUGCAGCCUCCAGGGACUGGCCUGUCCCCGAUAGAAUUGAAGCAGUCCACGGGGAGGGGAUGAUACAAGGAGUAAACCUUUCUUUUCACUCUGAGGUCUCCAAAA